AUGCCGUUGCGCCUGGAUAUCAAGAGAAAGCUGACGGCGAGGAGUGAUCGAGUAAAAUGUGUAGACCAACAUCCUACAGAACCGUGGCUUCUAUGCUCACUGUACUGCGGAGAUGUAAACAUAUGGAACUACGAGACCCAUAUACAAGUCAAGAGAUUUGAGGUGUGUGAAUUACCGGUAAGAGCUGCCAAGUUUGUCUCCAGAAAGAACUGGGUGAUCACAGGUUCAGAUGAUAUGCAAAUUAGAGUGUUCAAUUAUAAUACUUUAGAAUCUGUCCAUUCCUUCGAAGCUCACUCUGAUUAUGUCAGAUGUAUUGCGAUCCACCCCACACAACCUUACAUUCUGACUUGUAGUGAUGAUCUGCUAAUAAAACUGUGGAACUGGGAUCGCAGUUGGGCAUGUCAACAAGUGUUUGAAGGCCACACUCAUUAUGUGAUGCAAAUAGUAAUCAACCCAAAGGACAAUAACACAUUUGCUAGUGCAAGUCUUGACACUACUGUUAAGGUAUGGCAGCUAGGUUCCUCCAUUUCAAACUUCACACUAGAAGGGCAUGACAAGGGAGUAAACUGUGUAGAUUAUUACCAUGGUGGUGAUAAGCCAUACUUAAUCAGUGGUGCCGAUGACCGUCUUGUAAAGAUAUGGGACUAUCAAAACAAAACUUGUGUUCAGACCUUGGAAGGUCAUGCCCAAAACGUAACUGCGGUAUCAUUCCAUCCUGAGCUGCCAGUCCUGCUAACCGGCUCUGAAGACGGCACAGUGCGAAUUUGGCAUGCUGGAACCUAUAGGCUUGAGUCUUCAUUGAACUAUGGUUUUGAAAGGGUCUGGGCUAUUUCAUCUAUGCAUGGAUCUAACAAUGUGGCUCUUGGGUAUGAUGAGGGUACAAUUAUGAUAAAAAUAGGCAGGGAAGAACCUGCUAUUUCUAUGGAUGUAAAUGGAGGCAAAAUUAUUUGGGCCAAACAUUCGGAGAUGCAGCAGAUCAAUUUGAAAGCCUUACCUGAAGGUACUGAAAUCAAAGACGGAGAACGUGUGCCAGUUGUUGCAAAAGAUAUGGGUUCCUGUGAGAUCUAUCCUCAAACAAUUGCCCAUAACCCUAAUGGGCGUUUUGUAGUAGUUUGCGGUGAUGGUGAAUACAUAAUUUAUACCGCAAUGGCGUUAAGAAAUAAGGCUUUUGGAACCGCCCAAGAAUUUGUAUGGGCUUUUGAUAGUUCGGAAUAUGCAACUUUAGAAAACUCCAGUACAGUAAAGGUCUUUAAGAAUUUCAAGGAGAGAAAGAGUUUUAAACCGGAAUAUGGCGCUGAAGGCAUUUUCGGUGGUUAUAUGCUGGGUGUGAAAUCAAUAAGUGGCAUAGCAUUCUCCUUCUAUGACUGGGAGCAUUUGGAGUUGGUUCGAAGAAUCGAGAUACAGCCAAGGCACGUAUACUGGUCAGAAAGCGGAAACUUGGUGUGCCUUGCUACUGAUGAGGCAUAUUAUGUGCUGAGGUACAACGCGGCAGUGGUGACCCGCGCGCGGGAAACUAAUUCCAACAUCACGGAGGAUGGCAUAGAGGAUGCUUUUGAGGUUGUUGGUGAAGUAAACGAGACAGUGAAGACUGGAUUAUGGAUCGGGGAUUGCUUCAUUUACACAAACUCCGUCAACCGUAUCAACUAUUAUGUUGGUGGCGAGAUUGUCACUAUAUCUCAUUUGGACCACACCAUGUACAUUCUUGGAUAUGUUGCAAAGGAAAACAGAUUGUACCUAAAUGACAAAGAGCUAAACAUAGUGUCAUAUUCAUUGUUGCUGCCGGUACUGGAGUACCAGACAGCAGUAAUGCGCGGUGACUUCGAAACCGCCGACAGAGUACUUCCCACAAUUCCAUACGACCACCGCACUAGAGUGGCCCAUUUCCUUGAAAAACAGGGCUAUAAGCAACAAGCUCUCGCUGUGUCAACGGAACCAGAGCAUCAAUUCGAAUUGGCUCUGUCCCUUGGCGAGUUGAGCCGCGCGAAGCAGUUGGCUGAAGAGGCGACUGCUGCUGAAGGGGAACCCUCGCGUUCUUCAGCCGCACGCUGGUCAAGGCUGGGAUCUGCGGCAGCCGCUGCAGCUGAUACAGAACUUACCAAGAUCUGCUACCAAAACGCCCAUGACUACAGUUCAUUAUUACUGUUCGCAGCUAGUACUGGGGAUAAAAAGCUUUUAGAAGAUGUUGCACAUAUGGCCGCUGAAGAAGGAGACGACAAUAUAGCGUUUGUUGCGUAUUUCACUCUCAAUGAGUUAGAAUCAUGUCUACAGCUGCUCAUCAAGCGCAACAAGUUACCCGAAGCCGCUUUCUUUGCCAGAUCCUACAUUCCGUCGAAGGUCUGCGAGGUUGUGAAACAAUGGCGCGAAGCAGUUGGAAUCACAAACAAAAAGUCUGGACAGUCCCUUGCCGACCCUGAACAAUAUGAAAAUCUUUUCCCAGAGUUUGCGGAGUCACUAGAGUUAGAAACAUUCCAGCGGCAGUUCGGGUUCGAAUAUAGCUGUCAACUGGACAAUUUGGAGCCUAAUUCUAAAAUAUGUAAUGUCGACCGCAACUUGGCGGAGGAGAAGGCCAAUAUGGAGAAAAUGGGCAAGUGGAAUCCAUCAAAAUCAACCGAAAGUUCAAUUCCCUCGAAUAGAGAGCCCGCAAGCAAAGAUCCAGAGCUACCCCAAGAACCUACACGUAAGCGCAAAGACUCCUUGGACAUCAUGGAAGAGAUUGAAAGGGAAAUUGAUGGCAUGGCAAUGGAGGAUUCAGUUGAUAGCCUGGACCUCUCUGAUGAAGCCGAUCUAAUUGAUUAA